CAAACACAACCUGCUCGCCAGCCAGCAAGGUGAGAGAGGGGACAGGUAAACAACAGGUGGACGCAGGGGAAGGUUGCAGGGAUGUGGAAUGGUGUCUGGAAGGAGCCGCCGGUUUCUCCUUGCAAGGAGCUCAGCCAGAGCCAUGCGAGCAGCAGAUGAGAACGUGGACUACUUGUUCAAGGUCAUCCUCAUUGGCGAUUCCAACGUGGGGAAGACAUGUGUGGUUCAGCAUUUCAAGUCUGGGGUCUACACCGAGUCACAGCAGAACACCAUUGGGGUGGACUUCACCGUGCGCUCCCUCGAGAUAGACGGCAAGAAAGUGAAGAUGCAGGUAUGGGACACAGCAGGCCAGGAGCGCUUCCGCACCAUCACUCAAAGCUACUACCGGAGUGCCCACGCCGCCAUCAUUGCCUACGACCUCACGCGGCGAUCCACGUUCGAGUCUGUCCCUCACUGGAUUCGCGAGAUAGAAAAAUACGGCGCCGCUAACUUGGUCAUCAUGCUGAUCGGAAACAAAUCGGACCUGUGGGAGAAGCGGCAUGUCCUGUUCGAGGACGCCUGCACACUGGCUGAGAAGUACGGCCUCCUGGCUGUCUUGGAGACGUCCGCUAAGGAGUCCAGGAACAUAGACGAAGUCUUCAUCCUCAUGGCCAAAGAGUUAAUUGCCCGCAACAGCCUGCACCUGUAUGGGGAGAGUGCCCAGCAAGGUCUUUCCCAGGAUUCCAGCCCAAUUUUUGUGGCCCAGGGCCCCAACGAGAACACCCGUUGUACUUGCUAAAUGCGUGUGGGAAGCCAGAACAGAAGCCAGGGUACACAGACGCCAGUGUUUCCAGCCAGAA